CUUGGGAUUGUCAUCCAGGUUGUCGUAAAUUCUGUCUGCCAUCUUGCAAAAGAAGCUGCUGUUUUGGAGCACCAAACUAUAGACCRCAAAUGUUCCAACAGCUCAUCCAAUACCAGUCKAACAUCGAYAACCCACCACAACUACCACCAGCUUGUCCGGCAAAUUGCAAUCCAAGUUGCUAUCCCAGUUGCGAUGCAGGAUGCUGCGCAUUGCAGCCACAAGUUCAAGCUUCAGCAUAUGGAACAAGUGCUGGAUGUUCUCGAGCUUGCGCACCCUCAUACUCUCCAGCAUGUUGCCACUCUCGUCCUAUUGGUUUAMACAGUCGUCCCAUGAWCCCUGGCGCUCCUAUGACAGCUGAAGAUAAACCRUCASCRCCAGGUCCAGCUMCAGCACCUGCUUCAGCUCCCAAACCAAAAUCAAUUCUUUUUGAGAAGAAACAAGAUGGAAAACUUUGCAUUAGGAAAUGCCUGAAUCUAUGCAAUCCAAAAUGCAGAUUUGAAUGCUGCUUACCCACACAUCUGCACUUUGAUGAUGAUCCUCCACUUCCACCRAAAGUCCAGCAUAAUGAUCCACCACCUAAAGUUGAGCAUCCAGCAAUACCACCAAAGAUUGUGGACAGAAAGACGGAGCAGCUGAAGACAAAAUUACGAGACCCACAAUAUAUACAUCCCAUUGCAAUGCCUCAAAGAGCGAGAUUCCCUAGUUUAUAUAGAGCAACACCACCACCACGUAGACCAAUGCCAUGUCAAGGUCWAAGACAAAGACGACCCGGACAACCUUGCAUGGUCCCUACAACAAGCCCUUUUGAAGCAACGACAGAUCCAUUUGGAGAAAUGACUGAGCCUUUUGGAAUGACAGAUAUUCCAUUUCCAUCAACUCAAUCUUAUUAUCCUCAAGCUACACCAGGAGCAUGUCCAAGUUCGUGCCCACAAUCCUGUGCACCAAGUUGUAGUCCAGCGUGCUGCCAAACGCAAGUGAUUCCACUACCUCCCAUUAGUUUUGUCCCUGGCUAUGCAGGAAGCCCUGGCCUAAGCCCACUUGGACAAGCCUCAACUACGUGCGCUGCUGGAUGUGCGAGCGCUUGUGCACCUGCAUGCUCGCAGUCUUGUUGUCAACAAUUCCCUCAAGUUGUCCAUGUUCCACCAGCAUCAUCAGUGCCACCACUUCCAGGACCACCAAGUCCUGGUCUUUCCCCAUUGGGUCAAGCCAGUACAUGCCCAGGAAUGUGCCCAAAUAGUUGCGCACCAGGCUGCACUCGUCAAUGUUGCAUAGCUCCGCAAGUUGUCCACGUGCCACCAGUCCACAUGGCACCACACCCACCAGUCCAUUUGGCAGCAGCUCAUCCAAUAGCAGUACCAGUGGCACCAAUGCAUUCUGGAUCUCCUGGUCUCAAACCAUUAGGAAUGGCUUCAACCUGUCCAGGACAGUGUCCUAACAUAUGUGCACCUACCUGCGCGACAUCAUGCUGUGCUGCACCAGCACCACCUCCACCACAGUUAACGUGUCCAAGUCCAAACUGUCCAAACGCGUGCGCACCCAAAUGCAAACCUAGCUGCUGCAUAAACAAUGACCAACCACUUCCUUCAAAYUGGGACCGAAGAUCAUUCAUACAAAGACUUUGGGGUAGAAAGUAAACACUUGUGCCAUUCAAACGAUUGUUGAAUUAAGAGCUACAAAAGAGCAGAGAGCAGAAGGAAGGCCUUUGUUUUAUAAAAAAAAUAAGGCUUAUCAUCUUGUUAAGUGUAUAUAUUAACUACAAAAUAGUUUAAUGCUGUUUAUGGUUAUUAGGGAAGAAACUCUCGCUUUAAAGAGUAGUSGAAGUAAAUGUUUAUUUUUUCUAGUUCAAAGUUUUCAUUAGGCCUUACUCGGAGYGAAGUAGGGUGAAUACAAGCGSAAGAAAAAGGGCCCAUUCUUAUUCCUCUUUCUUGGUGAGUUUGUAUCAAUCAAAACCCCUGCAUAGAUUAGUAUCAUUUGAUUGAAUAAAGACAAAUAAACUAAAUUUACUUGAAAAAUCAAACGUUUUAAUAGCGGAUUGAAGCUCUACAAUAGGAUUCUAUGUUUUUACGACGUCACUAUCACGUGAUGAGCUUUUGAUGUAAAUAAAUCCAAUGAUAUAUUAAUCAAAGUAUUAAAAUUAYUAAGAACGGAUGAACAACAAUAUUUCAUAAUGAGACUGUAAUCUGUACAUUUGUCUAAAUCGUUUAAGGUUUAUUAAAAUUAAUUUAAAGUG